AUGAUUUCAGGUGAUGAGGACGAAAACUGGGCAAAGAAGGCGAUCGACAACCUUAUGAAAAAGCUUCUCAAACACAAUAAAGAAGCACUCGCUAGUCUUGAAUUCGCUCUACAGUGCAAAGGAGAACAACCAACGGAUUGUGUGACGAUUCCUCGAUCGCUCGAUGGUCGUCUCCAAAUCUCUCACAGAAAAGUGGGUUGGAAGCCGUUGUUCAAAUGA